CUCUCCACUCCACUCCCCACUCCCCACUGCCGCUCCAAUGGCUGCCGCCGCCACCGCCGCGCGCGCGCUCUCCCGCCUCCUCCCGCUCCUUCUCCUGAUGGUUCUUGCUGUGGCGGCGAGGGACGAGGGGGAGCUGCGGGCGCUGGCGGCGCUGAGGGCGGCGCUGGACCCGGCGGGCCGGGUGCUGGGCUCGUGGGCCCGGGCCGGGGACCCCUGCGGCGGCGGCUUCGUCGGCGUCGCCUGCGACCGCGAGGGCCGCGUCACGGCCGUCUCGCUGCAGGGCCGCGGCCUCUCCGGCACCCUCCCGCCGGCCGUCGCCGGGCUGCGCCGCCUCCGGGGGCUCUACCUGCACUACAACGGCCUCAAGGGCCCCAUCCCCCGGGAGAUUGGCGGCCUCUCCGAGCUCGCCGACCUCUACCUCGACGUCAACCACCUCUCCGGCCCCGUGCCCGCCGAGAUUGCCGCCAUGGCGAAUCUCCAAGUGUUGCAGCUGGGCUACAACCAGCUGACAGGCAGCAUACCGCCCCAGCUAGGCAACCUAAACAAGCUUGCUGUUCUUGCGCUGCAGUCCAACCAGCUGACCGGAGCCAUUCCGGCAACCCUCGGCGACCUGACUCAGCUGACUCGGGUCGAUCUGAGCUUCAACAACCUAUUUGGCUCGAUCCCUUCAAAGAUCGCAGAUGUUCCAUCGCUCGAGGUCUUCGAUGUUCGCAAUAACACUCUGUCAGGGAGUGUCCCUGCUGGAUUGAAGAGACUGAAUGGAGGGUUCCAGUAUGUGAAUAACAAGGGGCUUUGUGGAGCAGAGUUCAUUUCUCUUGAUCUUUGUACCUCUACAGAGGAUGGGCUGAGGCCUAGCAAGCCUGAGCCUUUUGGCCCGGAUGGCACUGUCAAGACAGGGCAAGUACCCCAGUCGGUGGAUCCACACACGACGAAAUCUGCAAAGGCCUCUGCAGGAGUUCUUAUUGUGGGUGUUCUUGCCGUGGUCAUCGGUGCGGCAUUCUGUGGAAUAUUUGCAUUCUCGUAUUAUCGCCGGCAGAAGCAAAAGAUUGGCAGUUCGCUGGAGGUUUCUGAUAGCAGGCUCAGCACUGACCAUUUCCAGCAGAAGGAAGCCUGCCGAAGGAGUGCUUCUCCUCUGAUCAGUGUGGAGUACUCAAAUGGAUGGGACACUAUGUCAGGUGGAGGCUGCGGAUCAUCCGGUGAGGUUGGCGACAGCUUCAGGUUCAACCUUGAGGAGGUCGAGUGUGCGACUCAGUACUUUUCUGAGGUUAACUUGCUAGGUAAGAGCGGCUUUGCUGCGACGUUCAAGGGGAUACUGAGGGAUGGGUCUGUUGUCGCGGUUAAGAGCCUCAAUAAGACAAGUUGCAAGCAAGAGGAGUCUGAUUUCCUGAGAGGCCUGAAGACGCUCACCAUGUUGCGACAUGAGAACCUUGUUGGCUUGAGGGGCUUCUGCUGCUCCAGGGGGAGGGGGGAGUGCUUUCUUGUGUAUGACUUCAUGGUUAAUGGGUGCUUGUCGCAUUAUCUCGAUGUUAAGGAAGGGUCUGAAGCUAGUGUUCUUGAUUGGCCUACAAGAGUUUCCAUCAUCAGAGGCAUUGCAAAAGGUAUUGAGUACCUACACAGCAAGAAGAGCAACAAGCCAUCACUGGUACACCAGAACAUUUCGGCUGAGAAAAUUCUUCUUGACCAACAUUUCGCCCCACGGCUGUCCGUCCCAGGACUACACAAGCUCCUUGCCGACGAUGUUGUCUUCUCAACUCUGAAGGCCAGUGCAGCUAUGGGGUAUCUUGCCCCUGAGUACGCCAACACGGGACGCUUCACCGAGAAGAGCGACGUCUUUGCCUUUGGGAUUGUUGUUCUCCAGGUCAUCACAGGCAGAAGGGCCGUCUCACAAGUGAAGAUAGGCACUGCUACCAGCGACCUCGAAGGCCUGAUAGAUCCCAGCCUCGGCGGCAUCUUCUCGAGGACCGAGGCUGCCAAGCUUGCAGAGGUUGCCGCACAUUGCACAAGCGAAGCGGCGAGCCAGAGGCCGAUGAUGGAUGCUGUGGUUCAGCAACUCAGCGGCUGAUGCCGAGGAUCCGAACCGGGCUGAUGAAGAUGUCUUUUGGGAGGCCAUUUGUAGUAGUAAGCUGGAGGACGGUAAUGAUCCAGUUGCCAGCCAAUGAGGUCUUUUGUAAUAGUAAUCUGACCUGCUAAUGUGGGACGCGUCUCCACUAAUUCACUAGUCACUUUCCAAGUGAUCUCACUUCUCACCAUUUCAUGGUUAAGUAUCACAAUCUCUUUGCCACUGGAA